AUACAAAAGUAAAAGAGGCGUCGACUGUCCAGCGCAGCAGCAAACGUUUCAGUCACGUGCUUUCAUCAGUGCUCUAGACCACCUGUUCUAAAGCACAACUCUCUCUCUGCUUUGAGUCAGGAUAUUAUAAAGAGGAAUGGAUUGUGUACGCAAACUCUGGAUCUUUGUUUGAAUCAUGUUUCUAAGGGAGGGCGUGUGCUUGCCAUUUGCUGGAGAAUGAGAUUCCAUUUGGAUUAACACGUCAGAGAGCUGACUGAACCAGUAAGAACCGGGCUGGUGUAAAACUGCAGGCAGAUCAGCCAAUCAAACCUCAGUGGUACAAUGCUGCCCCCUGCAGGAAGUGCUGUCUCUGACAAUCUGGUGUGUCUAACAGGAAGAAGGAAGUAUAGUUUCUCACAGGUGGAAGCUUUAGUUAAAUGAGGGACCUUUUACUACGAUUUCAAUCUAUAUUUUUCAGAAAGACAAUAUUUUCUGAUAACAUAGACAGAGAAAAAAUACCAAGACGAAGAGAUAUUUGAGUCUAAUUUUAAAGACAGUCCUUAGCUUCAGUUUCUUGUGACAUCAGUAAGUAAAAGUGAAACUAAACUACAGAUUUAACAGAAAUCAUUACUGAGCUCAGAACAGACAGAAUGGCGUCUGGAUCUUCUCUCCUGGAAGAGGAGCACUCCUGUCCUGUGUGCACUGAAAUCUUCAGGGAUCCGGUUUUCCUGAGUUGCAGUCACAGCUUCUGUAAAGCCUGUCUGCAGCAGUACUGGGCACAGAAGGGAUCUCUGGAGUGUCCAGUUUGCAGGAGAAGAUCUUCCGAGGAUCAUCCUCCUCUUAACCUGUCUCUGAGGAAUACCUGUGAGGUGUUCUUAAAGGAGAGAAGUCAGAGAGCUAAAGUAGGAUCUGAAGUGCUCUGCAGUCUGCACAGUGAGAAACUCAAACUCUUCUGUUUGGAGGAUCAAAUACCCAUCUGCCUUGUCUGCCAAACUUCAAAAAAACAUGAAAACCACAAAAUGCGACCAGUUCAGGAGGCUGCACAAGAGUAUAAGGAGAAACUCAGGCCUGCACUGGCUCCACUGCAGGAGAAGCUAAAGGCCUUUAAUGCUGUGAAACUAAUCUGUGAUCAAACUGCAGAGCACAUCAAGAGCCAAGCCCAGCACACAGAGAGACAGAUAAAGAUGGAGUUUGAGAAACUUCAGCAGUUCCUAAAAGAUGAAGAGGCAGCCAGGAUCACUGCAUUGAGGGAGGACGAGGAGCAGAAGAGUCAGAUGAUGAAGCAGAAAAUUGAGAAGAUGACCGAAGAAAUAUCAUCCCUUUCAGAACAAAUCAGAGCCAUAGAACAGGAGCUGGGAGCUGAAGAUGUCUCAUUCCUGCAGAACGCUGGGAGGGAUGGAGCCAUUAUCUUAUUGAAUGAAGAUCUGAUGUUGCUGCUGAUAAUCUUCUAUGGUAAUGAAGCCACGCCCACAGCACAAGUGACUCCUGAAUAUUAUUGCAGAGCCCAGUGCACACUGGCGGAUCCAGAGAAGGUCUCAGGAGCACUGAUUGAUGUGGCCAAGCACCUGGGCAAUCUUAAGUACAGAGUGUGGGAGAAGAUGCUGGGGACUGUUCAAUACACUCCUGUGACUCUGGACCCAAACACAGCACAUCCCCUCCUCUCACUGUCUGAGGAUCUGACCAGCGUGAGACGCAGUCGUGAGAGACAGCAGGUUCCUGAUAAUCCAGAGAGAUUUCAUGUGUGGCAGUGUGUGCUGGGCUCUGAGGGAUUCAGCUCAGGGAGACACUGCUGGGAUGUAGAAGUGGGGGGUGAGGCCUGGGUGGUGGGUGUGGCUAAAGAGUCCAUCAGAAGGAAAGGGUCUGUGAAUCCGAGCCCAGCAGGAGGAGUGUGGAGUAUAGUGCUGCGCAAUGGGAAAUACGCAGCCUGGACCUCCCCACCUACAGUCCUCACUGUGCAGAGGGAACCCCAGAGGGUCAGAGUGCAGCUGGACUGGGACAGGGGGGAGGUGUCAUUCUCUGACCCCAGUGACAACACUCCUCUCUACACUUUUAAACACUCCUUCACUGAGAGAGUGUUUCCAUUCUUCUGGCCUGGUUCUCUGCGGAUCUGUCCACCGAAGGUGUCUGUAAGAGUGGAAUAGUGCUGUGGUUUGUGUGCAAGGAUCAGGUGAACAGACUGCUUCUUUCACUUUGAUUAAUGAGAUAAAAAUAUAUAUUACAAUGUUUUCUUUAAUUAUUUUAAAAAAUAAUGAUCCAUGUUUGCAGCAGUUCAUGAUGAAUGUCCCUUUGUAACCUCAUGAUGUCAAUAUUGGAAUUCGUUUGUGUGUAAUCAGUUGAAUUGUAAUAAAUGCACCAGUGGAAUCACUCCA